CUCUCUCUCUCUCUCUCUCUCUCUCUCUCUCUCCAUUUCCCAGCUCCCAACACAUUUGAAAGUUGAAAGUCUCUCUCCCUCCCUCCCCCCCCUCUCUCCUCUCUGAUUCCUUCUCUCUCUCCCCCAUAGAAAACGCGGAACUUCCAAACUGCAAAAACCUCUGGUAAAUGAGAGAUGGAUACAUUCAGAAAACAAGCCACAAAGCUCAGAGAACAGGUCGCUAAGCAGCAACAGGCUGUAUUCAAGCAGUUUGCUGGUGGACUUGGAGGUUCAGAUAGUAACGUUGCUGAUGAAGUAGAAUUUUACCAACAUAAAAAACUAGAGAAGCUAUACAUAUCAACCCGUGCUGGCAAGCACUUCCAAAGAGAUAUUGUUCGUGGCGUGGAAGGUUAUAUUGUUACUGGAUCCAAGCAACUUGAAAUAGGCGCCAAGUUGUCGGAAGACAGUAGAAAAUAUGGUGCCGAAAACACUUGCACCACUGGCAGCACACUAUCCAAAGCUGCCUUAAGUUAUAGUAGAGCUUGCGCGCAAAUUGAAAAGGAGCGCGGGAAUCUACUGAAAGCCCUUGGCACACAGGUCGCUGAGCCUUUGAGAGCGAUGGUUGUAGGAGCUCCAUUGGAGGAUGCCCGACAUCUUGCUCAAAGAUAUGAUAGAGUGAGACAGGAAGCUGAAGCUCAGGUUAUUGAAGUUUCAAGGCGCCAAGCUAAAGUAAGGGAAUCCAAUGGGAACCCUGAAUAUAUUUUGAAGAUGGAAGCUGCUGAAGCAAAGCUUAAUGAGCUGAAAUCGAACAUGGUUACAUUGGGUAAGGAAGCUGCUGCAGCAAUGACCGCUGUCGAGGCCCAGCAACAGAGGCUGACACUCCAGCGACUUAUUACCAUGAUUGAGGCAGAGCACAAUUAUCAUCAGAGAGUUCUACAGAUACUAGAUCAACUUGAGGGUGAGAUGAUGUCGGAACGCCAACGUAUUGAAGCUUCUCCUAGUCCAGCCAUAAAUAAUAUGCCUCCUCCCCCACCCUAUGAGGAGGUCAAUGGUUUAUUUGCUUCUCAGACAUACGAUGGUUCAACAGAUGGCAUGGGAUAUUUUUUAGGAGAGGUCAUACAUUCAUACCAAGCAGAGUCUGAUGUGGAGUUGACUUUGUCAGUUGGAGAUUACGUUGUUGUCCGAAAGAUGUCAAGUAACGGAUGGGCAGAAGGCGAAUGCAAGGGGAAUGCGGGCUGGUUCCCCGCGGGAUACAUAGAAAGAAGAGAUCGGGUUCUUGCGAGCAAGGUGGCUGAAGUAUUUUAAAUUUGUGUAAGUUUAUUCCUUAAAGUUUGUACUGCUUGAUUUCUUGCAUGCAAAAUGUGUUAAAAUGUUUUUGAACGCUACUAAUACAUGUUCAUAUUAUUGGAACAAGGCAAGCCUGCCUUGAUCCAUUUGUCCCUUUUUGGUACACUCUGUAAGAUACUAUAGUUCCUUCGGUUUCAUGUUUUGCUUGCACUUUUUUUGUUAGAUUUUAUUCGCGAAUUCGGGAGAGAAGCAAAAUUGUUCUUAUCAACUUUCAUAUUAUUGGAAAAGGUCUUCAGUUUC